AUGGUCCCCCGUAUCCCCUCCACGGCACUCGAGGGACCUGUCCUCACCGCGUCUGACGUCCAUGUCUCUGUCGCCCCUUACGCUCCUAAGACCGUCCGUCAAGACACCCAAGAUGCCGAAGACGAUGCCAUGGAUACCAUGUACGGGGGUGCCAUCAAAGACCCCGUUAAAACGGAUCGUAAAUCGGACCAAAUCUACAGCGAAUUUGUGCUUCAUGAUGACAUGAUGGACUGCGUUGUCCAGUACGGCUCUGACCCCACCCUCAUCUCGGUCCAAUCCUCCAUUGGAAGCACUCCCCUUUCGGACGUCAGAUACUCUCAGUGCAACCAAGCUCUGAUUGAAUGCGGCAAGAAGGCCCUAGCCAAACAAGAUAUAUUCAUCGCGGGAUGGCCACAGCACCUCAAUGAACCUGCGCCUACCAUGAGGUCUACCAUCAUCGAGCGUGGCAUCAAGAGAUGCAACCGAGACGCUUUCAACCAUCAUGACCCGAUCCAACCUGACUCUCACAUGACGGAUGCCGAAUUCGCGAUCCACGGUACGGUGGCAAUGUGCAACAAACCCCUUGUCGAGUGCCUCGAAAACGCCGAGGACAAGUGGGAAGAGGCCAAAGAUUACUGGGAUUUCACUUAUCCUUACGCUUCUUGA